AUGCCACAAGUCAAACCGGAUCCGGAUGGUGCGCUCAACACUUCGGGACCAUUCGCAUUCGGUAAAACCGUCAGUUCUGCCGACUGUGAGGUUACGGAGAGUACUACUGAAACGCCCUCUACAUCAAUAACUGGAUCCCACUCGGAAAAAUUGCCCGCUACCCGUGAUCGUAUUGCGGUUUCAGACGAAUCACAACAUACGGACAAACAAAAAUCCAGUCAAGCGUUGCGGCGCAUAGCUCCUAAACCGUACCAACCCCCAAUAGUACGGUUCCAUUCCCCGCUCACCACAUCACCGAAUCUUUCCGUGACACAUUCCACGAGUUUUGAUGCGGAUGGUUUCAUUUCGUUCGGUGGUUUUGAGCGAUACAUUCCCUCAAACAACCGGUCGAUGGACGUGCCCCGUGCUGAGUAUGCAAACACAAUUGUCCCACACAAAAAUAUCCACGUUUCCGGCAGAACCACAUUACGGCUAUACCAAGUUGUACCCAAAAGUCGCACCACUAUCUUUCUACCACAGCCCCAAAUAUUACUAUUGGUCGAAGACCAGACGGAACUAUUUCGAGAUCAGUACAUCGAAAAUCCACGUGGACCGGAUGGUAUAUGCACUUUGGGAGUUUUGCUCCAAAUCCAAUACAGACGAGGUCUCGUGCGUACCAUUUUUGAUCGAGUUAUCAUUAUCAUCGUACAGCGAGAUACAGUGAAGCGAACUACACUGAUCGCUGCGACGAUCGAGUUAGGAGACUGUGUACCCCGAAUAAUGUGGAAAGUGAGCUAA